CCUUAACGUCCAUGUGCGUAUGCAGCCGACAUUUCAAUAGUUGCGUCAAGGCUGGGACUCCAAUUGUUAACUAUUAAUACGAAAGAGUUGGAGAUAAUUAUGCAAAAUUUUAUUGGGAUUUUAGCCAAGGAAGGAGGAUGAGAGAGAUGGAGAUUUAUAACUUGGUGGGAGCAAGAGAGGAAAAUACUCCACAGAAACUGGAAUUGCCUGAUUAUGAUUUCUCUGCUUUACUGACAGUGAACAGGUUUGACAUCUCUUGCCACGGGGAUUAGAAGAGCAGGGUUUAGAUCAGGAAACCCAAACGCAACAUCAUGUCAAGAUCUGACAAAGUCACUGCAUUCAACAGGAGCUGAACGUCACUGCCCUCUGGCUGUGCAAUGAGAAAUGUUUAUCUGAGGGGAAAGAUUUCAAACAUCAGCAUCAGGAAAAGCACGAAACAUGCACGCACCUGAAUGAUACUGUUCCAGUGAUGUGACUGCGGAAAGAGCUUUCACCAGUUACACAGACUGAAAAAAAAUUGCACCAUUUACAGCAGGGAGCACCUGCACACGUGUUUUGUGUCUGGACAAAGAUUGAACUGAUCCUUCAAUCUGGAGGCCCUGGAGACCAUGGAGAAACCAUGUAAAUGUGUGGAGUGUGGGAAGGGAUUCAGAUUUCCAUCCAGGCUGGAUGUUCAUUGACACAAACACACUGGGGAGAGGCCAUUUGCCUGCUCAAAGUGUGAGAAGGGAAUUGUUCAUUUAUCCAGCUUACAGAAACACCAGGUAACUCACAUCUGCACCAUGUGCGGUAAUGUGUUUGGUCAUUCAUCCAGUUUAUAUGUCCACCAGAGAAUUCACACUGGAGCGAAACCACUUACGUGCUCCACGUGUGAGAAGGGAUUUCCUCGUUUAUCCAGUUUACAGAUACACCAGAGAACUCACGUUGGGGUGAAACCAUUCAUCUGUGCCAAGUGUGGUAUAGAAUUUGCUCAUUUGUCCAGUUAACACGUACAUCAGAGAAUCCACAUUGGGGAGAAACUGUUCAGGUGUUCCAACUGUGAAAAGGCAUUUGCUCAUUUAUCCAGCUUACAGAUACACCAGAGAACUCACACCGGGGAGAAAUCAUUCAUCUAUGUCAAGUGUGAGAAGUGGUUUGCUCAUUCAUCUGGAUUAUGUGUGCACCAGAAGGUUCACACCGGGGAGUAACCAUUCACCUGCUCCAAGUAUGGGAAUGGAUUUGCUCAGUCAUUCAAGUUACACCAGCACCAGAGAACUCACACUAGGGAGAAACCGUUCAUCUGCUCUGACUGUGGGCAGGGAUUCGCCCAGUCCUCCACCUUACGUGUACACUAGCAAACUCACACAGGAGAGAAACUGUUCACCUGCUCCAAGUGUGGGAAGGGAUUUGCUCACUUCUCCAGUGCUCAUGCAAGCUAGCAGCUUGCAUGAGCACUGGAGAACUCACACUGGGGAGAAACCAUUCAUCUGCUCUUACUGUGGCCAGGGAUUUGCUGAGUCUUCCACCUUACAUAACCACCAGAGAACUCACACUGGAGAAAAACCAUUCACCUGCCCUGCAUGUGGGAAGAGAUUCACUCAGUUAUCCAACUUACAUUCACACUGGGGAACUCACACUGGCCAAAAACUAUUCACCUGCGCCGAGUGCGGGAAGGGAUUUGCUCAGUCAUCCAAGUUACGUGAACAUUGGAGGACUCACACCGGAGAGAAACCAUUCAUCUGCUCUGACUGUGGGAAGGGGUUCGCUCAGUUGUCCACGUUGCAUAACCACCAGAGAACUCACACUGGAGAAAAACCAUUCAACUGCCCCAAGUGUGGGAAGUGAUUUACUCGGGCUUCCAACUUAAAUCAACACCGGAAAAAAUGUUCACUUCCUUCAAGUGUGCAAAAUGAUUCACUCAGUCAUCUGAUCUGCUGAGGGAUCAGCAAGUUCAUGAGUGACUGUAGUGGUUUAACGGCUUUGUAUAAUAUACUUUGUACUUAUGUAAUGGCUUGCAAACUUUAUCAGCUUGCCAAUACUGAACAAUACGUCCGUGCUUAUGUAAGGUUCUGAUCAUCUGGUUUGAAGAUCUCAGUUGUAGUGUGUGCACCGCAAAAUGAUAUCUCCAAUCCAGAUCAUUGAGUAUUAAUUGGACAUGGCAAUAAGCAACUGAUGGAGAGCGGAAAAGCACGGGAAAACUGGCUGUUUUCCAAGAAUAUGGCCUUGGCGUAAGAACAGGCUGAUUUGCAGCAACAGUGAGACUUGUUUUUGAUGCCAAGCCUAGAGGAAUGCUUGGGAAAAGUACUCAGAAGAGGCAGUUUAGCAUAUUUGAUUGAAUUUGGUUUAUUAUUGUUGUCACAUGUACCGAGAGACAAAGAAAAGUACUGUUUUGCAUACCAUUCAGGCAGAUCAUACCAUACAUAAGUACAUCAGGGAAUUAGAACAGAAUGCAGAAUAUACUGUUACAGCGGAGAAGGUGCAGAGACAGAGGGAUCAAUGUUAAAAGUAAAAUAACAUAAAAUCAAGUAUAUUAUUAAUAUUGGGGACGUUUUCUGGUUCUUUGGACUUCACCAUUGGACUGUGUUCACGAACGGUGCCAUCGAAAUUGAGAUUAAGCUCCAGGUGCCAGCCAUCUCCAGGGUUCUCAACGGGUGAAAGGAUGUGAGAUGGCCUCGUUUGAAUAGAUCUAAAGUAGUUUAAGUUAAUAGUUUUGUUGAAAUCUAUCUGAAGUAGUGUAAUGUAGUAAUUAUUGGAUUACUUUAUAUAUAUAAAGUGAUCUAAGCUAAUAAAUUUGUGUGCCACAGUA